AACUCCUCCUGUUUUCUAAACGGAAUUUACUGAAGCAGGAAGAAGAAAAGUGAAACAUUUUUUACAGAACCAGAAGGCAAGACCACAGACUAAAAUGUAUCCAUUCAGCCUGUUUGUUUUUUUGGUGCUCCCGUAUCAAGCUUGCUUAGCAUGCUCUCCCAUCAAGAAAAUGGACAGGUGUGAAGAUUUGUGGACGGGAAUUGGAUAUGUGUACCCAUAUGAAACUCCGGCUGGAUCUGAAAUUGAGGUGUACUCAAACAAUACUCCAAUAGCCUACUGUGGCAUGAACAAGCCUUUUGAGGCACAUCUCUCUGAUAAGGUGAUAAAUGUGAACAACAGUGCUGUCAUCCUCUCUGAAUGCCUGAAUCUGACAUUCAAAUUCUUUCAUGUUCUCCAGGGCAAUGUUGAGGAGUGCCAUUUGUAUUACAUUGUUGCAGAGAGGGAGCAUGUGGCUAUGAUAACUAUCAAUCUGACUGACAAUCUGACUGACACCUCGGACAACACAUCAGGAAAUGGAGACAAAGCCAAAGCCACUGGCCACACAAAGGAAAUCACUGCUGGUGUUCUGGUUAUCUUGGCUCUGCUGCUGGGCUUUGCUGGUUUCUUAGUGUACAGAUAUGGCAACAUUCCUUGGAGAGUCAAACAUCCAUUUGCUCUUGUACAGCUAGCUCAGCUGGAUCGGGACUACCUUAACACCAACAGGGAAAGCCAGAGGGACCAGGGGGAUGGGGUGGAAGAGGAGAGGGAGCCACCACACAGUCAGGAGACACAUGUUGAGUCCUCUCUGCUGAAUGGGCAUCCUGUGAACAGCAGACAAGGAGAGAGAGGUGAGCCAAGCGAGAGGUUCGUUCAGCCAAUGGGCCGUGAGGGAACAGAUACUGAAUUCUCUCAGAAGAGACAUGCUGGAUUUCCUCUGGUGAAUGGAAACCAUAAGGCCAGGGUUAACGAUGAGACUAAGGAAGUGACUCCUGGUGCACAGAGUCCAGGACCUCCUCAGACGAAUGGAGGACCUCCCAUGUCUGACAGGUUGGAGAACAACCCUGUUGGUCAGUGGAUGAAGAAAACUGCUCUGGUGAACAAGCAGGACCAGGACUGGUCAGCAACGGCAUGAAGCCAGUUGAAAAUAUAUAAUAUAUAAGAUGAAACUAAGUGUAAAUAUAAUCAAAUAUAACAUGAAAUACACUGUAAUAUAGAACAGUAUAAUAUGACAUGAUAUAAUAUCGUAACACUUACUUGAAGCUGCUUCUUGUAUAGUGUUAUAUAUUCUAAUGAAUGCAUUCUUAACAACAUGAAUGAUGCAUUAAUGCAUACAUAGGACAUAACUGUAUAGUAAAAUUAUAAUAUAAUACUGUGCUGGUAAGCUGCUAGCUGUGGGGUUGCCCCCAGCUGUGGUUUCUAUCAUUCAGAGUAUCUACGCUCAACUGUGGUUCAAAUCCAUAGUUUUUAGCUUAGUUGUUACCGUAAACUAGCACUUCUUAGAGACAAAGUUAUGGGAAAUGCUGUAUAACUACUUACCAUUCUGAAGUGUAACAGUCAAGUUUAUAUGUAACAAUUGUUAAUCCCUUUUUUAAAUGUUUAUUUAUAUAUUUGUUUGCUUGAUUAGAUUGAAUUAGUAUGACUAAUGCAUUAUUUUACCCUCCCGUAUAGAGGGAUAUUAUUUUACCCUCCCGUAUAGAGGGACAUUAUUUUACCCUCCCGUAUAGAGGGAUAUUAUUUUACCCUCCCGUACAGAGGGACAUUAUUUUACCCUCCCGUAUAGAGGGACAUUAUUUUACCCUCCCGUAUAGAGGGACAUUAUUUUACCCUCCCGUAUAGAGGGACAUUAUGUUACCCUCCCAUAUAGAGGGACAUUAUUUUACCCUCCCGUAUAGAGGGACAUUAUUUUACCCUCCCGUACAGAGGGACAUUAUUUUACCCUCCCGUAUAGAGGGAUAUUAUUUUACCCUCCCGUAUAGAGGGACAUUAUUUUACCCUCCUGUAUAGAGGGAUAUUAUUUUACCCUCCCGUACAGAGGGACAUUAUUUUACCCUCCCGUAUAGAGGGACAUUAUUUUACCCUCCCGUAUAGAGGGAUAUUAUUUUACCCUCCCGUAUAGAGGGAC